AUGUACGCCAGAUUGGAGCUCUUGCUGGACGAGUACAGCUUGCAAGUCGUCGUGCCGAAGGACUCUCCUGCAUUCCACUGGACGCCGACGUAUUGGAAGACAAAGCGAUUGGAAUGGAUGCAGAGAAGCGAGGGUGCUCAGAUCGUCUUACACCAUGGAGGUGCCCUCUCCGAGCCACAGCCGAAAGACUCCCCGGUGCAGCUGAUCUACGUCUUCCCGGGGGCCACGGAGAGAGGGCGAGGACAGGAGCGACCGGACAUGAGACAUCGAAACUGGGCCAAGGCCCUCAUCGAUCAUGAUGUCCUGGAUACGCCCCUGCCUGACAAAAUGCAGGAGGCCGAGCCAACGAAAUACACGGCUCCACUGUUGCAGCGCGUGCUGGACUUCGUCAAGCGGAGUGGUGGUGAGGUCUCAAUCCCCUCCGUCCUGAGGAUGUUCGGGAAGGAGCUCGCUCCGGGCCUCAAUCAGAACAACGCCGCGCAACAACGCACCCGCUUCCUUGCAUGGGUGCUUGAGUUCCGGCAUGACCUGACGGUGGACAACAGCAAGGACAUUGUCUAUCUCGUACAGCCAAAGUCCACUGCGCGGCCGGUUGCGACUCCUGCGACAGCAGCAGUCCUGAAGCAGCAAAGCGAAAGAAGCUUCGAUUGGCUUCACAACACACAGUGGAAGGAAAAAGACUUUCAUGCCGUGUACACGAUCAUGCGCCAAAAGCCCGGGAAGAAAGGCUUGUUCGUGGUGACCAAGUCCUGUGUGGGCCAGCAGACGUACGACAUUGCCAUCCAUGUGGAUGAGGGGGGACUCCUCCACUACGGAGACAAGAAGAAGUGGUGCUUGACCAGCUGCGACGACGCGGAGUUAAUUUGGGCGGAUAGCCAGACUGGAAACCGCCCUUAUGUGUGGAAUCGCUUUCGAUCAGAGCCGAAGGGCGCGGGAAAAGGCAAGCAAGCAGCAGCGAAGGCCGACCACUGGGCAUCAGACGACCCGAAGGCCCCCUGGCCACAACUGCCUGGUCCCAUUGGCGCGAAACCCAAGACUGCAGAGAUCACGAAGGCGCCGGCCGCCCAGGCUGGUGCUGAUCCCUGGCUGCAGAACGACCCAUGGAAGCCCGCGCAGGUGCAGAAGCAGACCCAGGUUGCCACACCGGCAGUCGCACCACAUCGGACCGCUGCCGGACCAAAAGCCGCUGCAGCACAGGCGCCCAGACAAACCUCGGCUCCGGCGGCUGAGGGCCCGAAGGAUCCGUCUACGCCCCCGCCGAAAGCCUCGGCAGCCCAGGCUGGACCGGACCCCUGGGACAGCGGCGACCCGUGGAUGCAG